GAGCUGACUAACGGAACCGUGCCACGAAUUUUAUUCGCACCUGGCCCAUUACAGCGCGCAUAACACCAUUACCGGAGCCGAGGUACGUCUUGCGAAUAACGUGCCGGUUUCUCCUAUUGCAUCGUGCCCGUUUAAUUCGUCGUCGCGUUUCCGCAUCCCGAUUACGCGACGAGUCCACCCGAAAUUGGCGAUCGAGAUUGCACGGGCCCUGAAUUUGCAAUUGUAAAGAGGCGAAUGAGACGAAAUGCGAAUGAGAUGAUAAGUAGAGACACACGCAGACGCGUGGUAGACGUUCGUCAAACGGAAGCUACGUGGAAAGAGGGAAGCGCCUCGAUGUCGUCUGGAAGACGUCGACCAAGAUAUUGGGUCGAGCUUAGCUUCAGCGUAGUUGGAGAGUGCUGCAUAAGCUUAUUAAGGUUGGGUGCUUUGCCACGGUUCCACGUCACCGAGCGCGCUUGCUAGUGCGCUCUUUCUACCCUCUUCCCCUUAUUCUCGUCGAAGAAGAACCUGGAAAGCGGCGCGGUCGGUGGAAAGAGAAGACGAGAGAGAAGAAUCGCGGUGGCGAGCGGAAAGGAGGCAAAGAGCGAAGACGGUGAAGAAGAGGUGCGCAGGCGAAAGAGGACAAGGAAGGCGAUGAAGAAGAACGGCAGGGACCUGCAGCACCAACGUGCCACCGAUGGAACUUCAACGGUGGCAGUGGGAUCGCUGUUGAUCCUCCUGUUCGCCGUGAUUUCCUUCGGAGCCCACGGCGCAGCAAAAAGAGAACCGUUCGGCCCGAUCCAGGAAGCCAUUCAAAACGGUAUUGCGGCUCAAUACAACCGAGAAAAUUGUGUUUGGAGACGAGGAAACGACAGGGACGCGUGUCCGGAUCCCGACGUUCGAGUUUUCCUUUAUACGAGCGAACAAUCGAGACGGGAACUCGUGUCCAGAGAAUCCGACUGGCUGCGGCAGGACUACGAUCCAACCAAGGAAAGUGUUCUGCUCGUACAUGGAUACGCAGGAGGCGACGAUACUCUUCCGAUAUCCGUGCUGCGUGACGCCUACCUCCGAAACGGUAGUUACAACGUGUUCCUAGUCGACUGGGGUGCCCUAUGCGCUCCACCUUGUUAUCCUGCGGCGGUGUCGAACCUUCGCCCGGUGGCUCGCUGCUUGGCAGGCACUCUGACUACCUUACGGAAUUUGGGUCUGCCGAUCGCAAGGACGACCUGUGUGGGUCACUCGUUGGGAGCUCACAUCUGCGGGAUCAUGGCGAACUUUCUCUUGUUCAGAAUGCACCGUAUAAUCGGUUUGGACCCGGCCAGGCCUCUGAUGCGUCCCGGUUAUGUGAAUCGGUUGGACAGCGGCGACGCAGACUUCGUCCAAGUGAUCCACACGAACGCUGGAUAUUACGGGGAGGGUGGUCGCAUGGGUCACGUGGAUUUCUGUGUAAACGGCGGCAAAGUGCAGCCGUUCUGCGAGGGCAAGUCGAAUUAUCAGCUGUGCAGCCACGUGUGGGUGGUGUGUUACAUGGCGCAAAGCAUCGACAACGGUGGCAAGGAACCGAUGGCAGAACCUUGCUCGAGGAGGUGUCCUUCCGGUCCCAGAAUCGCUCCCAGGGCUGGCGAGUACAUCGCCAUGGGACAGCACACACCGGCCGGAGUCAGGGGGUCCUACUGCUUCACCAGCAAACACCCACCGUAUUGUCCCAAGUACGGAAAUGGACGUGGCGACGAGAGAUGCUGCAUACCGGAAAACAAACCUGUCACGUUCUAGAAGACUCGAGAGUAAAGUAUAAAAAAGGAGGAACAUAAGACUGUGCAUAACGCGUGAAGUGUAUAAUAUGUAUAUCGUAGAGAUCGAAUAGAGAACUUUUUUUAAAAGAUUGACUUCACUUUCCCAGUUCCAUAAACAGAAAAUUAAUUUCUUUUAACAAUCAAGAAGACAGCAAAGCUAUUGCAUUUGAUAGCUGUUAUUACUUCCAGUUUAUUUUAUAAUUGUUUUCUAUUUGCUACAGAAAUGACAAUUUUGACUGACGCUUUUCCUCGUUAUCAAAAUUGACACUGUCUUAAAAUCAUGCGAACAAGGCACACAUAUUGUGUAAUAAUAGCAAUAAAAAUAAUGUAUAAUCAUACAUGAGAUGUCCCAGAGUAUCAUCAAUAUUAACAAACCAUGUUCGAUCAAUUCGAUCAUUGCCCAUUCUAUACAUCGUUUAAAGAAGCUAUGAUAUUAUUCGCAAAGUUGGCAGUUUCAGAAAUGAUACCUUUAAUCAUUAGACAUGUGACAUUGGCAUUACACAAUGUGUGUCGUAAUAAUCGAAACGCUCCGUAUUCAUCCAAGUUGAAAGUGGUUAAACCACUUUCGUCGGCGAGAUUGUAACACGAUGUUUACUUAAACGAAUCAACGUGAACAGAAGGAUGAAUGCGAACGGUAUUUAGAUCGAAGAAACAGUUCUUUGUUACCUAAUCGAUAAAGGUGAACGGUAUCGUGACAUGUGUAAACGGUAUUUAGAUCAGGCGGGCGUAAUUGAUGAGGCAUACACAGGUGGCGGAGAACAAGUGGAUCUCCGUACGGUACCGUGACGCGUGCAGUACGAUUCCGAUUCCGGAACGCGAUUCCGUAUUCAAACGCUGUACUCGGUGUCCGGAAAAAUCUCGCGUUCGUGAUCUACCGACCGAUCAAUCCCGUUAACCGUUCCACUGAACCUCCAUAAAUAUAUUCACAUGUCCAGCGAGCGAACAAUUGCCACGUUUCUUUCCAUUCGAUUCUUGCGAACAUUCUGGUGUAAUCGAGUUUCGCAAUGAUUCGCGCUCAUAUCCAGAUGAUAAACGAUUCCGCGAGACUUGCGUUGAGACUU